AAAAAAUUUGCACGUUUUUACCUGAACUCGUUAAUUCGUUGCACGGUGCCCCCUAAACUCAAUUUUCCGGCAAUUUUAACCGGAAUAUGAAAACAUGUGCUUUGCACGUGAGACUUUUAGGGGUAAAUUCGUCCCUUCACUUGCAUCUUUAAUAUUAAAUACAAAUAAAUAUUAAAAAAAAAAAGAAAAAGAAUAAAUAAAUAAAGGAAAAAGAAGCUGUUCUUCAAGCUUUUCUUCCAAACCCGUCAAUGGCGGCCGCCAAAGAACAGAAGCACAGCCUGCACCCAUACAUCGAACUCUCCAAACUCAUUGCUCUAAAGGGCCACAAAUCUCCUUCAUUUCAACCCCAAGAAACAUCGACCGCCUCCCCAAACUGCCUCCAAUUUUCGCUUCCUCCAUUAAUUUCGUCAAAAUCCCACUCCCGAAACUCGAAUAACUCUCCGAAAACACAGAGGCAACAAUGGACAUCAAUGGCGGAGAAAUGGACUAUCUCAAGAAAACCAUAUAGAUAUUUUACCAUAUAUCGCAGCACAUAUUAAGCGAGUUAGCAGAUGCAAAUGUUAAUUGCUAUAAAACCAUAUAGAUAUUUGAGCAAAAAGCAGUUUUCUUGAGGGGGGAAAAUCGAAGAGAAGAUGAAUGCUAAAUUGGAAGAAGAGGAUCAAGAUAACCACUACCACCAAGAGGAGAAAGAAGAAAAAUUGAUGAGAAUCGCCAUCCUCCGCAACCCCCUCUCCGACCGCCGCAUCGCCGCCUUCUCGCCCAAUUCCUACCGUCUCCCAGCCUUGCCGUAUUCUCACCGCCGCAUAUCCCUCUCAAAACCCUCAAAAUCAAUCACCGCUUGCUCCGUCAAUCCCCCAGAAUCGAACCCGUACCCGGUUCGAGACACGCUAUCCGGUUCGACCCGGACAUUCGCGACAAUCGGCGCCGUAGCCCUAGCCGCGUCGAAAGUCAUCGCCCCCCACUGCGGGGGGCUGUUCACGCUGGCCGUGAAGGUGAAGGAGCCGGUGGUGAAAUCAGCGGGGCCGGCGUUCUUCGCGGCGGUGAGGAGAAGCGAGCUGAGGUCGCUGAACACGCCGCUGACGGUGGUGGCGGCGGGAUGGCGAAGUGGCUGGACCUGUACAGCGGGAUACUGACGGGUUGGCUUUGUGAGGGUGGUGGUCGACGGGAUGACAACUCCUUUUUUCUUUCUUUUUCUUUUCUUUUUCUUUUUUUUUUUUAUGUUUAUUUUUUAAUGAUUAAAAUAUAGAAUGUUAGUGAAUGGACAAAUUUGCCCCUGAAAAUCUCAUGUGCAACACACGUGUUGUAAUAUUCCGGUCAAAAUUGUCGGAAUAUUCCUUUUAGGAGGCACCAUGCAAUGAAUUAACGAGUUCAGGUAAGAACGUGCAAUUUUUUUUUGUUUAGGGGGCAAAGUGCAAAACGGGCCAUAGUUUAGGGGGUAAACUGCUUUUUACUCUA